AUGGCCCCGACUCCAUUGACUCCACCUUCCUCUGGUAGUGAGGCAUCCUCACCCUUGGCUGCUCGUGCCGGAGUGAACAAGAAAAGACUUCCGAGAAGAUCGAGUACGUCGUCAAAGCCUGCAUCGCCGAAGUUCACCUGGAAGGAGCAUCAUCGAAAGACCUUGCUUGUGUGCCGUCAGCGAAAACUACUAGGAAAGGAUAUCUCCAAAGUCUUCAACUUGCUAUACCGUGAAGACUGUAUCCUUGCUGGGUAUGAAGAUGGCAUCAGUCAACGAACGCUUGAAUCACAAUGGCAGGAUCACAGAAAAGUAGGCAACAAGACAUGGCAAAAAGUCCUGGCUUGCUCGGACGAAGAGCUUGAAUCCUCCAGAAGAGAGAUAGACGAGUUGACAGACCAGUCCCCGGACCAUCCUAGCUUGUCAAGUGAAUCUGGACUUCCUCAAGAACAGAUUCGACGCAGAGCGGUCAGUACCUUCAAAACUCGAAGCACCGUAAGCAGAAACGAUAAAUUCCCGAUAUACGACAAGGAGACCAGAACCAGGAUCGUGGACGGCGAAUGCGUUCCUCUCGCGAAGGCAACAGACAAAUAUUUAGUUGUGCCCCGUCGUAUUCGGCCGGAGGAAGCUCACUCACCGGUUCCAGGUCUAUUGUUCAGGACCUACGAUGAUGAUACUCAAGGCGUAAGGGGCCCAAAAGCAGGAGGAGAACUUGCAGGAAAGUUUGUCCACCUGACAUGUCCUGCACCUGAACCGCUACCUUGUGGUAACAGCUGCCUGUUCACCACUAUCGUCAACCACAUAAAUUAUGUAAAAACCCCUUCGGAAGUUAUCAGCACAACGUCAAAUCUAUUCUUUGCUAUGACGCGGGCAGCAAAGUCGACUGCAAACCCAAGAAUCAAGGUGAUUUGCAGUAGCUUUAUUCCCAAGGAGGCGAUCUACCAUGCGCGACCAUAUCAUUGGCGCAUAAAAGGCAAGAGAUGGUUUUUCGCCGGAAAGUGGAACAACUCAACUUAUCACGAGUAUCUUAUAUGGGCAAAAAUUCCUCAAACCGCUGUUCUAUGCGACUUUUCCUUUGCCGAACUGGAACGGCAUUCAAUUGGCAAUCCAUCCAUGCAACAGGUUCUUCGAAUCAACAGCUUACGGUCAGGGGAUGGUAAUACCAAUUUGACAAACCAAUUUAAGAAGGAGAAUCUGAUUCUGUCGUUUCCUAUGGUCGAAGGACUUGCCAAGUUCCUACGACACUUCUCAAUCGACGUUAGGACUCCCUACACGAUCAUCGCAAGGCUUGUCUCUGAAACGAUGCGAGGCUUUGUAAUCGGCCUGCCUGAGACAACUGCAUUAAGAUGGAAUAUGCUAGCAGAAGCUUUUACCUUCGCCCUUACCGCUCACGAGCCCAUGACCAAUGUUUCAGAGGAAACGCUCUACGGGGUGAAAGAGGCAUUCAAGCUGGGUCUUUGCACGAGCCUGGGAGAUAUCAACUGGCAUUUGGAUGCCAACAAGAAGAGAUUGAUGCUUAUGAGAGGAACGCAAAAAGGGCUG